CAUUGGCUGACCCUCCGAAGCCCAACGUAAACUCUGAUGUCAAAGAUGACGAGUUUGAGAAUGAGAUGAACUAUCAGAUCAAAAUAGCAUGGAGCGGUCCGAGAUUCCGUGUCUGCGGGAGUACCAUCCACAGUUGGUCGCGUUUCGUCUGUCAUCCGUCUGGUCUGAUUCAUCACAAGCGAGACAACGAUGAGUUCCUUUCUGCUGGAGAAGCCAACACUUUCUUGACCAGCGACAGCGAUGACGUCGGCAAGCGUGGACUUCACGAGGAAUGUUGCCACGAGGGAUGCUGGUGGGAGGAGAUUCUUGAACACUGCUAGACAGACAAACCACGAGCAAGACCGGCUUAUUUAUCUUCCGAUCGCGUCAUUUUUUUCUUCUUGUUUUUAAUCUGUUUCUUAUAGAUAAAAGGAAAAUCAAUUCAACCGUUUGUAAUCAUUUUCUCUUAAUUCAUAGACUCAUUAUUUCGUAGAUUCAUCAUUAAGAUAUCAAACCACCCUGUCUGCGCAAAAAAGGUUAUUAUAUCAACAAAUCAUUUUCCAAAAUCGCGAAACAGUCAUGUCAAACCCCUAAGACCAGACACUGGCCUUCCGGACACAAAUGAAAUAAGACUAGUGAUGUUGGAGAAAGAGCUGAGGAUUCAUCACAUAUCUGACAGGUCUCGUGGAGUC